AUGCCAUUGUAUGAAGUUUAUUCACAUCCUGAACGAUGCCGGUACAAAGCGCGUAUUUUCUCAUCAAGUAUAUUGUUCCUGAUCGUUGUUGCCGUUCUCACAUUUCUAAGUCCAAUUCUUGUGGCGUAUUUUACUGGUGGAUUUUGGUGGAAAGAACUUAACUAUAGCGAACAACCACGAAUAACAUAUACGAAUAAAUAUAUUUUAAGUAUCCAGAAUGCAAUGGGAAAUGGUGCUCGUAGCUUUUCAUCAUCAUAUAUAUCGCUUAAUGCAGCAUUUUCAUCGAUUUUAUUGUACGCUAAUCAAAAAAGUGUAGCAAACGAUACUGACAGUGAUGGCAUUAUCGAUCAAUAUAAAAUUGACUUCAUUGUUCCUCUAGCUGGCGCGUAUAAAAUAGGAAAUAUAGAUGCGUGGUUGUUUUUUGAUUAUGAAUUACGUGGUCGACAAUCCGUCGUAAUGGAAACAUUAGCGUUAAUUAGCCUUGUUCCGCCGAAAUCAGUGUAUUCAAAUAAUGUGACUGUUUAUGGGCAAUUAGUUUUUGAACAACGAAAACCAAUACAAAGUUCUGGUGUUGAUUCAUCAUUGAAUACAUCAAUUCUAACAUACGAUAACGGUGCGGUACCCGUUUUAAACACAAUAUUAGAUAAUUAUUUUACUAGAAACUAUUAUACAACAUUUCAACAGCAGUAUGCAAGCUGGUCAUGCAACAUCAGCAACAGUUUUACCUUAAGUGUUGUGAUCAACGUGAAACAACAAUCAAUUCGAUUUAUUCCCGGGUUUUGGCAAGAAUUCAAAUGGGGAUGGAUACAGUAUCUCGCUGUUCUACUGCCCUUUAUAUUUCUGUUUAGUAGACUAACAGAAUUUGUAUUUAAGAAUCAAUUGGUAAAAACAAUUAUAUACUCUACUCAUCACAGACAGAGAGCUUGA